AUGGAUCAAAAAUUAUAUAUUCUUUAUUUCACAGCACUUCCAAAGCAGGAAAGGAUAGUCGGCGGAACUGUCACCAGCAUCAAUCAGUAUCCGUACUCGGUAGCUGUCUUGUAUGUAAGAUCUAAUGGACCAUUCGUCCAGGGUUGCGGUGGCACCAUCAUUAACAACAGAUCUGUCCUCUCAGUCGCUCACUGUAUAGGUGCAUGCAUAACUUGCAUACGUUUACGCGUUGGGUCAACAUAUGCAAGCAGCGGCGGUGUGGUUCACCACGUGGCCCAAAUCAUCCGACACCCUCAAUUUAAUAGUGCCACAAUGGCCAAUGACAUUGGUCUCGUCAGAGUGCUGUUCCCUUUCCAAUUCGGACCUACUGUACAACCUGCUGCUAUCGCUGGGCCAAACGCUGUUAUCCCUUACAACACAGUUGUUACGGCUAUCGGAUGGGGAUGGAAAGACCAUGCUGGAGUCAACCCAUCAGAGGAACUUCGUCACGUGCAAAUUCCAACGGUACCCCACGCCACUUGCCAAAACUCUUACACUUUUAUGACCUUAACCGCUGGUCACAUGUGCGCUGGACCGAUGGAGGGAGGACGUGGUUCGUGCCAAGGCGACUCUGGAUCACCUCUAAUAUACAACAAUGUUGUUAUAGCUUGCACUAGUUUUGGUAACGGUUGUGCUCGUCCCAACUAUCCUGCUCUCUAUAGCAGAGUCGCUUACUUUAGUAACUGGAUUGUAGACCAUGCCUAACCACUUGAACGCCCACGGGUUAUACGUAUGCCUGGUAAUCUAUCGACCCUUGAACGCCCGUGGGACAUACGUAUGCCCGGUAGAUUUAGCGCGGCAAUACUUUUGUCGCUGUAAAUUUUAUAAAGUUAAUUUGACGAUUGUAAUCAAACAAAA